AUGGAAAGCAAUGCUCCACCAUGCACGGCGGGAUCAGUGAAUCUUCCAACAGAAAUCAUCAUUGAAAUACUCUGCAGACUUCCUGCGAAGUCACUGAUACGCUUCAGGUGCGUUUCUAAAUCAUGGUGUUCACUAAUUAUUGACUCCAACUUCAUCAAGAAACACCUCAGCCAAGCCAGAAAUCCCUCCAACCUGAACCUGAAAAGGGCUAUGGUGUACAGUAGCUCGAGUAUUCAUACAGUUUGGUCUUUUCCUCUUUUGUCUUUCCCCAGUCAUUCCAUCAAGGAUGCGCUCAAGCUUUAUCCCUUAGGGAAAAGGGCUGGCAGAAUAGCAUUUGUGGAAGUUUGUAAUGGCUUAUUUUGCAUUUGGAUGGAGGGAGAAUUGUUCUUGUGGAAUCCAUCCCUAAGACUGCACAAAAGACUUCAAUCACCAGUCAUUGAUACUCCACACGAAAUUGGUGCCAAUUCUUUUGUUGGAGUUGCUGUUUGUGCAUUUGGUUAUGAUCCGCACACUGAUGAUUAUAAACUGGUAAGAAUUAUAAAGUUUUCAGGGCGCGGACCUGUAAGAACAGAAACAAAAAUUUAUUCACUGAAAUCAGAUUCUUGGAGAAAAAUUCAGGAAUGCCCUUAUCCUUUUUAUGCCAAAUCUGAUGGGAAGUUCGCGAAUGGAUCAAUUUAUUGGUUGAUUGACAGUGGUGAAGAUACAAGUCAAGCUUCUAAAAUCAUCUCUUUUGAACUGUCAACAGAAACUUAUGGUGAGCUACCACUUCCUGAUGACCAUCCAAGUAGGCCUGAGAUUCACGAGUUUGGAUUAGCUGUUUUGGGAGGAAUGCUUUCCUUGUAUUGCAAUUAUAUUACAAGCCAUUUUGUUUUGUGGGGAAUGAAGGAUGCAAAUGGUCCUCAGAAAUGUUGGGAAAAAAUGGUUGGGAUUCAGUAUCAAGAUGUCCCUCUACAGCCACAUUCCUCAAGGGCUUGUUAUUACAUCGUCCCAAGGUACUUGUUUGAGAACGGGGAAGUUUUGCUGGAGGCAAAAGAGGAUGAUUUGAAAGGAGUUUUAGGACUAUAUACAGAGAAAUCUUUGGGAGUUGAGACCAAAAUUAGCAGUGGGAUUUCUUAUGUCCGCGAAGUCCAUGUCUAUGAGGAGACUUUAGUUUCACCCUGUCUAAGAAAUGGAGCUUAG